AUCUAUAUUAAUCCCCCAGAAGUUCAUUUAUUCAUUAUUCAUUUAUUUAAUCAUUCGUUCAUUAACAACUUAUAGUUGAAAUUUAAUUUUGCAAUCAUCAUCUAUUCAAUAUCCAUUCAUUUGGCUAUAUCCCUAACUGCAAAAAAAACAGAAAAAUCAUAUAUAAUAGAUCACAUCCCAAUAUGGUUUCAUCAAUAGAUUUGAAAGCUUUGAAUAUCUUUCUUAAUACCCCUGUUAAUCAUGAUAUGAUUCAUAAAAUUGUGGUUGCAACUUUACAAGUUUUACCAUGUAAAGAUUCUAAAACUGUAACUUAUUCAAGUGAUUCAAAUAUUGAAAAACCUUUACCUUCAUUAAUGACUUUUUUAACUAGAUUGGUUAGAUAUACUAAUGUAUAUACUGGUACUUUAAUGGCUACUUUAGUUUAUUUGCAUCGUCUUAAAUCAAAAUUACCUAAAAAUGCUCAAGGUUUACCAUGCACAAGACAUAGAAUUUUAUUAAGUUGUUUAAUUUUAUCAUCUAAAUUUCAUAAUGAUUCAUCUCCAAAGAAUAAACAUUGGGCUAAAUAUACUGAUGGUUUAUUUAAUGCUAAUGAUAUUAACUUAAUGGAAAGACAAUUAUUAUUUUUAUUAAAUUGGGAUUUAAAAGUCUCAACUGAAGAAAUGUGCAUUGCUUUGAACAGUUUCUUGGAACCAAUCAAACAAGAUUUGAUCAAGUCUUCAAAGAUGAGAAAGUUCUUAAACAACCAAAGAAAGCAAGUCGAAGAAAAAUUGGCUAUGGCCGAAGCCGCAGCUGCUGCAGUUGUUGCAUCUUCUUCCGGUUCUUCUUCAAAUUCUUCUCCAGAUACCUCAUAUUCUACUUCUCCAUUGUCUUCGACAAUGUCAACACCAGCUUCUUCAAGAUCAAACUCGAUCUCUCCUGGUAGUAAUAAUCUUUUACCUGCUGCUGAUGUUACUAAGAUUAACUACAAUAAUAAUAACUACAAACAUUCAAACAACUACAACAAUGCAAAUGCAAUUCCAAAUGCAAAUGUUUCUCCAUCAUACUCGAGAUCAUCUUCUACUUCAAGUAUGAGUGGUGCUUCUCACUACAGACAGCAAUCUACUUCAUCUGUUUCUUCUAUGUCAUCGACUAGUUCUUCAAUCAUGGAUUCAGCUUCAAUGUAUUCAUCUGGUUCAAGUACUUAUGCUUCGCCAAUUAAGAGAAGUUCUACAUCAUCUGGUGCGGGUGUUGAUCCAGUCAUUGAAUUAGCAGCUUUAAAAGAAGAACACGAAUUAAACAAGUUAUUAAGAAAAUUGAAUGCUAACACCAAUCAAUCGUUUCAACAAACCCAACAGGUUAACUUCAGUUAUUAAUAUAAUUAUUCACUUCACAUUCGCUUUUUUUUACAUUAACAUUAUGGGUCCGGUUUUACAUUCUUUCAGUUCUGAACAUUUCUAUAUUUAACUACAUUGUUUCUCAGGCGUUAUAUAAUAAAAUACAUAUAAAAUAUCAUUUAGACUUU